CGGACGCAGUGAGAGCCCUGAAAUUCAUUAUGCCUUCAAAACCUCUAUUUAUUUCCGCAUAACCUACAUACUCUCACCGGGAGGGCCAGCGGCGGAGAGAAGAGCCACGACGACGGUUCAUCUCUUUCGGGAAACACAUCGAAUGCACAGACGCUGUUUUUUUCGUCGGAGGUGGACACUGUUGUAGAAAGUGAAGAUUCUAAUACAUAUUAGGGAAAAAAAAAUGUCCGGUGAGAGAAACCGCAGGUCGCUGGCUUUCCGAGGGGGUGGACUGGCCGGGUUAACGGGUUCCAGCGGUGUCGGUGGGGGGAACUGUAACAGCUGGGAGGCCGUGGCCUGUCAAGACCGACAUUUUAACUGGAACAGGCCGGAUCAAGAGGAGGAUCUGGGGGAGAAGGGACCAUCGCAGGAGAGUGUGGAGGGCGCUGGGUCUGUCCGCGACAGCACGGAACCCGAGGCGGAGGAAGAAGAGGACCCGGAAGGGGGCAGCUGGACAGCCGCGGACGGCGACGACCGUGUCAGCUCGGCGGUGGAAGCGGAGAACGGGACCCGGGAGGGGGGUAGCCUGACAGCGGGGAACGGUCCCAGCAACCAGGACAGCCGGGAGUCGGGAGGCGGCGAGACGGGACCCAGGAAAUCGGGGGUCGAGAUGAGACCGCAGACGCUGCUUCAGAAACACUCAGUGUUCCACGCUCCGUGGCUGCAAGAAUUCCCAUGGCUCAAAUUCAGCCAGAAGACGGGACUCAUGUCCUGCUCCUGGUGUCACGACAUUGCCACUAAAACCAGCGACGAGCUGGUGAAGGGGAGUCGCAACUACAAGCGGGCCUUGUUGCUGAGACAUCACCUGUCCUCCGAGCACGGCAGGAACGACCCCACCAAGCAGGAGACGGCAAGGCCCUCAGAUAACGCCAGUCCUUCCACCUACUGCUCAGAAGAAGACUACCGCAGCAAGACCAAUGAGAACUCCUACUGUUACCAGCUUCUCCAGGAGCUGGACAAGCAACGCAAAAGUGGCAUACUCUGUGACGUCAACAUAGUUGUCUCGGGCCAGGUUUUCCGCGCACAUAAAAACAUCCUGGUGGCUGGCAGCCGCUACUUCAAAACCCUCUACUGUCUGACCAAGAGCGAAGACCAGGACCAGGCCACGGUCACGCACCUGGAUGUUGCUGCUCUGCAGGGCUUCUCAGUUCUCCUCGACUUUCUCUAUUCUGGGAACCUGCUGCUUACAAGCCAAAAUGCCAUUGAGGUGAUGUCUGUUGCUAGUUACCUCCAGAUGACAGAAGUUGUGCAAUCGUGUAGGGCUUUUAUAAAGGAUGCCCUGAAUAUCAGCAUCAAGCAGGAGGCUCCAGAUUCAGUGGUGGUGGAUUACAAUAAGCGGCAGAUGGUUUCCAAAGAGGGACAGAGAAAGCUGGACCGGAAGCCGAGCAACUUCUGGGCCACAAGCAUCCUGUCAAAGCUGUCAAUCAAGGCCAGCAACAACCAAGGAAAAGAUGCAUUGAAAGAAGAAGAUGACAACGGCAGGGUGAAGGAAGAGACCAGCGACAUAGAGGUGACAGUGAUCGGAAACGAGGGCUGUGCCCUGGUGACCAAUGGAGCCUCUGGUAACUGGACCCACCAAAAUGAGAACUCUUCUGAUUCAGCAGAGACCAAUGACACGCAGUCGGCGGGUGACCAGGUCUUCGUCUGGAACGAGCCUGCCACAGGUGGCGCGGCAGCAACACCUGCAGCAAUGAAACGUGAGGCACCAGAUGCGGCGGCCGGAAGCGGGCGGAGGAAAAAACAGACCACCACACGCCGUUUUGUCUACAACUUCCCACCAGAGCCUGAAGAGGGAUUCGAUGAGGGGAUGUUCGUCCAGCCUUCGGCCUCCUACCCCAGAGAAGACUUCUCCUCCCUCUCUGAAAAUGCUGAGCUGGCCAAUCAGAUCCAGUAUAGCAUCAUCCAAGACUUACAGCAAGGCGAGUCCUGGGAGAAUGGUGAGUCCUCACACCUAGCCCUCAAUAAGCUCAAGUGCCCCCACUGUAACUACAUCGCCAAGCACCGGCGCACGCUCAAGAGGCACCUGAUCAUCCACUCAGGCGUUCGCUCAUUCAGCUGCGACAUCUGCGGCAAGCUGUUCACCCGCCGUGAGCACGUAAAGAGACAUUCCCUGGUGCACAAGAAGGACAAAAAGUACAAGUGCAUGGUGUGCAAGAAGAUCUUCAUGCUUGCAGCCAGCGUUGGAAUCCGCCACGGUUCACGGCGUUACGGUGUGUGCGCCGACUGCGCUGACUCGCACCAGGCCACUCAGGAGGGCCUGGAGGGCAUGGAGUUCCCUCGCGACGAAGACUUCGACGGCGAGGAAGGGGACGACCUGGAUGGGGAGGAGCCUACCGACAAUGACCAAUCAAGUUGGGGUGAGGGCAAUGCUGGUGCUGCCCAGGAAAAGGACUAAGAAUUUUAAAAACAAGCUUGAGAAACAAAAUAAAAAGUUGAUGUUUAAUAUAUAUGUAUUCAAAAUCUAGCUGGUAAACAAUCAACUCCAAAGUGCUAUCAAACCUUGAGGUUACUUAAUUGUGCAAGUAUAUGACGAAGAGAUGGGUUAAGAAAAAGCUUUGGUAGAGUGGGAACUCCAAGAUGUACAGAUUUUAUUAUUGUUAAAAUGUGUCCAACUCUGGGCCCAGAGCCCACAAGAGAAAGAUUCUAACGACUAAUAAUAUGAUAAAUCAGGUUUUUGGUGAUGUACUUUUAUUUCCUGUUAUUUCGGGGGAGAGUU